AGUUUGGUUCAGAAUUCGUUCAAUCUCCCGAAUCCAGGCCCGCCGAGUUGCAGUGCUUCACGUAGGUCUUAUUACUCUUCCAAAGUUGCCAUUACAGUCUUACAGAAUACAAGCUUCUUAUGAGCUUCUCCAGUUAGUUUGUAAGCUGUAGCGUGGGCGGGGAACUUUUCCCGCAUGUAAAUUACUCCUUCAUCAGUGACUGACGAAGAUGUUAGAGAGCAUAUAGUGUUUGCGAUUGAAUAUGGGAAAUGACUCCACGAACCCUAAGCGGGUACCCCUCAAUCCCAACUGGGCUCAGCUGCAACAAAAACUGAAAAGCGACGCGCCAAAGCCAUUUAAACCUUCAGUUGAUUCUGAUAGAAAAACCCAAGAAAGCGUAUUAGGGAAACGUAAAGAGAGAGAGGAUGCCGAACCCACUUCUCAGAAGUCUAUUCUCACUCCAGUCACGAAUGAUUGCAGCUUAACAGAUGCUUUAGCCAUGGAUUGCGAAAUGGUUGGUGUCAGUUCUGAAGGAAAUAAAAGUGCUCUUGGACGGGUAACACUGGUGAAUACAUGGGGGAAUAUUGUAUAUGAUGAGUAUGUUCGUCCAGUAGAGCGUGUAGUUGACUUUCGCACUCAAAUAAGUGGGAUCCGACCCCGUGACUUGAAGAAAGCAAAGGACUUCCAGUCUGUUCAGAACAAAGUGGCUGAGUUGAUUAAUGGAAGGAUCCUUGUGGGCCACGCCUUGCGCAAUGAUCUUAAGGCAUUGUUGUUGAGUCAUCUAAAGAAGGAUAUACGGGAUACCUCAGAGUAUCAGCCCUUUCUAAACAGGCAAGGGCGUAAAAGGGCGCUUCGGGAUCUUGCAUCUGAGUUUCUUGGAAUUAAGAUUCAAAAUGGGGAGCACUGUCCUAUUGAAGAUGCUCGAGCAGCAAUGGUACUAUAUCAGAAAAACAAAAGGGCAUGGGAGAAGAGUAUUAAAGAGCACUUUAGUCUCAAGAAAAAAAAACAGAAGCGCAAGAACAAAAAGAAGCAGAAGGCUAAUCUCAACCAAUCUGAAGUUGCUUCAUAGCAUGGAUGCCAAGAGAAAAUUACACAUCUUUUUAGCGUUGACGCCAACUUAAGUUCACUUCAUGAGGAAUAUUAACAGCCACAUGACUUUGAUAUGUUCCGAAGGCAGAAGCCAGGGGAAAGACGCUUGCUGCUAUUUCCCCCAAUGUGGAGUACUGAAACUACUUUAUGGGAAUGUCCUGCAAGGUUUUGACUCAGUUAUUCAGCUAACCUCCCUUAAGUUAUUGUCUUGGAUAUCCAUAAUCUGCUCAUUUGACAGGUGAUUGCAGUGUCAUGCUUU